AUGGCAGCCCCCACCCUGCCCCGACCACAACCAGACCCCCAGUUUGUGCUCCGAGGCACCCAGUCGGCCGUCCACGCACUGCAUUUCUGCAGAGAAGCCCAGGGUCAGGGCUGCCAACUCCUUCUCUCAGGGUCUCUGAGCGGCCUCGUGCACGUCUGGAGCCUGCAGACACGGAGGGCGCUUGCCACCCUGGAUGGCCACGAGGGCCAGUGUGUGACCUGGCUGCAGACGCUGCCCCAUGGGCACCAGCUUCUCAGCCAGGGCCGGGACCAGCGGCUGUGCCUGUGGGACCUGGCAGAGGGCCGGAACGCUAUUGUGGACUCUGUGCACCUCAAGAGCGUAGGCUUCUGCAGGAGCACCGUGCUGGCCAGGGCUCCGCCACGCUGGAUGCUGGCCAUGCCUGGGGGAGGCAACGACGAGGUUGAGAUCCUGGAGAUGCCAUCCAAGACGUCAGUGUGCACCCUGAAGCCAGAGGCGGGUGCCAAGCUGGGCAUGCCCAUGUGCCUGGAGUUGUGGCAGGCCGACUCCAGCCCCCGCCCGCGCCUGCUGACUGGUUACGAGGAUGGAUCCGUGGCCCUGUGGGACGUCUCCGAGAGGAAGGUGUACAGCCGCAUCGCCUGCCACACGGAGCCCGUGAUGGGCCUUGACUUUGACUCCCAGAAGUCCAGGGGCGUCUCAGGCUCUGCGGAGAAGGCGCUGGCUGUCUGGAGCCUGGACGAGCAGCAGGCCCUGAAGGUCAGAGGAACUCACGAACUCACCAAUCCCGGCAUAGCUGACGUCGUGAUCCGGCCAGAUCGCAAGCUCCUGGCCACCGCGGGCUGGGACCACCGUGUCCGCAUAUUCCACUGGAGGACAAUGAAGCCGCUGGCUGUGCUGGACUUCCACACCUCGGCUGUCAACUGUGUGGCCUUCGCCAGCGACGGCUUGCUGGCCGCAGGCUCUGGGGACCGGCGCAUCAGUGUCUGGUCACUCUACCAGUGCACAUGA